AUUUCUUUUGGUUUUUCAUACAGUUCACACCAACCUUAUCCUUAAUUGUAGUUUUCUUUCUGGGUUCUCUGUUCUUUUACUUGAAAAUACAAGAGAAAGGACAUAAAAUGGUUGCAGUGAUGUUGAUGGUUUUGAAGGGCGGCAGGAAGAUGAAGUGCUGCAGAGCCCAGAUAGUGGCUAUUGUGUCACUGAUGCUUCUAUUCCCAGUCAUUAAUGCUUGGGGAAAUGAUGGGCAUUACAUAGUCUGCAAGAUUGCGCAGUCACGCUUGAACAAGGCAGCAGCAGAGAUAGUUGAAGAGCUGCUUCCAAAAUCUGCAGAGAAUGAAUUGGAGAGUGUGUGUUCAUGGGCAGAUGAGAUCAAGUUUCAUUAUCCCUGGUCAAGACCCCUUCACUACGUGAAUACCCCUGAUGUUUGCAAUUACCAGUUCGAGAGGGAUUGCAAGGAUGAAAGUGGAGAGCAGGGGAGGUGCGUUGCAGGGGCAGUCCAAAAUUACACCAAGCAGCUGUUAACCAUUCGCAGCAAUGAUAAGAGUUCGAAUAAUCUCACAGAAGCACUCUUAUUUUACUCUCAUUUUAUGGGAGACAUUCAUCAGCCUCUACAUGCGGGUUUUGCUUCAGACAAGGGAGGCAACACCAUUGGUGUUCACUGGUAUACGAGGAAGCAAAAUCUUCACCAUGUAUGGGACGACAACAUAAUAGAGACGGCUCAAGAAAGGUUCUACAACUCUAAUGUGGAUGACAUGAUUGGUGCAAUUCAAAAAAACAUUACGACUGCAUGGGCAGAUCAAGUUCAGACAUGGGAGAACUGCAGUUAUACUGAUACAACGUGUGCAAACGUAUAUGCAUCCGAAGGCAUCAAAGCAGCCUGUGACUGGGCAUACAAAGGUGUGACUGAAGGAUCAGUUUUAGAAGAUGAAUAUUUCCUCUCCCGGUUACCAAUAGUCAAUUUGCGGUUGGCCCAAGCUGGAGUUCGGUUGGCAGCAAUUCUCAACCAUUACUUCGUCAAGUGAUUACACGUUUCUUCAAUGCUUUAUGAGAUUUAAGUACUAGCACACAGCUGAAGCUUUAGACCAUUCUGGUGGUCAAUCAGUAUCAAUAAGAAACGAGGUUGCAGCCAUUGCUUCUUUAGAUAUGAAACACAUCAUGCUUCUCGUAAUCUUCCUCUUUUCUUCAUGAAAUUACGUUGCACACAUUUCUACACAAACUUGACCAAUUAUUUAAAGUAAAAGGACACUUUCUGAUAUUUUCUGGCUACUGCUGCUUCGGAGGAACUUUGAGUAGAUUAUAAAAAUGGAAACCACACUAAUAUAGAUGAUUCUAUCUAGUGUGCCACAAAAUUAUCAGAAUUUGUCAAAUAAGUCACCUUCCCUUCUCAUCAUUAACUGCAUUUACAUUCUGAAAUGUAUCAAACAACAUUUCAAAAAAUAAAAAAAACCAUAAAUCAACUCAGUGAUUGGAAA